AUGGCUCAUGAUAGCGAGCUGGUAUUGUUUUGUGGUAUUAUUAGAAUGAUAUUAGCCAGAGUAUGUAUAAUUAGAGCUCACGUAGAAAAGAAGUAUGGAGAAAAAGAUGGUACAAAAUUAAACAAAGUGGACGCAUUAACAAAUAAAACUCAGCUUGAUAUAAUGUCGAUGCAUCGAACAUACGAGUUGUUGCACAAGUGCGCUGAACAGCUAAAUUCUAUUAUAAGUUUGCCGAUGAUGAUUUUGUUAUUUUGCUCCGGGUUGACAACCACGAUGCUGCUAAGGGACGUAUUUAUCGUAGUGCAAUCUGAUGAUAUUGAUCAAACCCUAAAACUAACAAUAAUCUUAUUCUGCAUCGUCCGUUGCGGAAGGUAUACUUUAAUGGUGAUAAUACCUUGUUAUUGUUCCACUGUGACAACAACAAGAGUGGCACGCAUAAGAACCAUACUUCAUGAUGCCGUCAACAGUGGUCGACUUGAUAAAAUUGAAAAGCGACAAGUAAAGGCGUUUUUCUACUUGACCCGCGAGAAGGAAUUCGCUUACGCUAUCUGGGGCGUGAUCAGGCUCAACAUGUCUCUGCCGCUGAGCUACUUCAGCCUCUGCACUACCUACCUCGUUAUCAUUAUACAGUUCUCCAAAUUUAUAGACUAAAAU